AUGUGGAAGUGUGUGAAUGAGUGCUGCCUGGUUUAACGGUCUUAGCGAGAUUUUCACUGUAGAACUAUCCAGUACCCAAGAUGUUGCGAGUCUGCCAGAAACUUCGUGCUGCCGACGCCAAGAGUAAGAGACUCGGACUGGUGCGUACCGAGACAGACUACCUCCGUGUCCUGCUGGACGCCAUGGCCGACAUGGACAGGUAUGCGGAAGUGGAGGUGCUCAAAACUCUGGGCGACGUAAACUUGGAAAAGGGACGACUCGAGAAGAACCCGGAGAAGUUGGGCAGAGCCAUGGUGCUGUACAGGACCGCACUGCUCCGGUGUAAAGACGCAGAUGUGGGAGAAAGUCUAGAAUAUCGUUACCACUAUGUCUAUGCCGAGAAACUAAGAUUAGGGCAAGGGUCAACCGCUACAAGUAGGUAUGAGCCCCUUACUACCGCCAAGAGAAUGUCUUCGCUCGCAAAAGUGGCCGAGAAGUUCCUACACAUGGACCGAAGAUUGACUGUUGACGACAACAAGGAGUCUUUACUGAUUGAAUACACCAAGUUAGUGGUAGAAGGGAUCGUGAACUGUGACAGCAUGUCAGAAGUGGAAGCGAUCAAGAGUCUCGGCGACGUGUACCUGAAAAGAGGAACAGAAACUAGAGACGCGCCUUGUUUGACUAAGGCCACUGCUCUGUACAACACUGCACUGUCACGGUGUGAGGGGGUACAGGGCAAAAUGGCACUCAUUCACCGCUUACUGUACACAGCAAAAAUCAGACAAGGAACCAAGAGGAGUGGAAAUAAGAGUCGUAGGCACAGAGCACAACGAAAACGGCCAUGGGACUUCCCAGUGACGUCACCCAACACUGAUGUCAUCGGUGACUCAAAACGUCAACGGUGUGACAUGCCUUACCAGGAGCACCUGUCUACAGGGGACCGCGCACUGGCUGAUGGGAAACUGAACGAGGCAGAACAGAACUUUGCUUCUGCUCUCAGGCUGAUUCACGAUCCUAAAAAAACCGAUCGAUGUAAAGAGGCCGACUGUCUGUGCAGACUGGGUGACGUCUACGUCCAGCGUGGCAAAACAACAAAAGAAGGUAGGAAAUUCACACAGGCAGCAGCUCUGUACAACGCAGCCAUGGCUAGAACGGACGAGAAUAAAUACAGUGUGACAAGAAAACUGCAGGAGAUAGAGCAAUUGUUUUUCCAUUACACGGCAAAUGUGGACGCAAAACCUGUUCCUUCUGAUUUGGCCAUACGUCACAAAAAGCAGUUAGAAGAGAUGCGCAUCCGUGCAAAGUCACAACUAGACGCCAUUGAUCAACAACACAAUCCGUACCAAUACGACGAGGAUGAUCCAGUCAUGAUAACAGUCGAGGCUGAGAGAGCCGAAGCAGUCAAGGCUUUAUUCAAGAACAUCACCAAGGAUAGACAGAUGUUUAUUGAGGACCUUGUUAAUGAAUGUAUUGCCACACUUGGUACUCCUCCGUGUAAGUACGCUUUCAUCGGGUUAGGCUCACAGGCAACAGAACUGGUCACGCCCUACUCUGACCUGGAGUUCGCCAUUCUGAUUGAGGAGGGGAAGGACAAUGACGACACACGGCGGUACUUCCUAAACCUCACACACUACCUACACCUGAAAGUCAUCAACCUCGGAGAGACCAUUCUCCCAGCCAUGGCCAUCCCCUCAUUGAACGAUUUUCCAGAGAAAGACUGGUUCUUUGACUCUGUCACAACACGUGGAUUUGCAUUCGACGGCUUCAUGCCAUGGGCUAGUAAGACUCCAUUUGGACGAGACCAGACCAAGACCAAGCCUCCCGUCAGCCUUAUCCAGACCCCUGCCGAAAUGGCAACGUUUCAGCGGCUAGACGUUUCUGUGGCAGAAGGGUACCACCUGUCCGACAUCCUCAGACGAGUUGUUUACUUGUCGGGAGAACAGGUCCUCGUGACAGAGUACAUGGAAAAAGUCAAGGAAAUCACCACGGGUGAUCUACUCUCGCGUUCCCAGUCCCGUCUGUCUGCAGCGCAAAUCUUGGUGAAUAAUGUAGAGCAUCUUCUCCACCUUGAGCCCACCGGACAACUGUUAAAUGUCAAGAAAGACAUCUAUCGUUUUCCGGGUGUAGCUAUUGAAAUACUAGCUUUGUGUUGUCAGAUCACCCUCGCUAGCACAUGGAGUGUGAUAGAUGAAUUAAAAGAAAUGGGAAAGAUCCAUGACAAGAAUGCUACCCACCUUACAGUAUUGACCAGCAUCUCGGCAGAGCUCCGGUUAAGAGCAUACUUGAAUAACGGGGGACAAGAAGACAGUAUGUCCCCUCUUAUCCAGAUGAAAUACCAGUCAAAACCGCAAGAGGUAUCUGAUACUACACUGCGUUCGGUGUUCCAAAUUCCAGACAUACAAGUUCUUUUUAGAUACUACUGCAGGUCUAUCCCUUUGAAGAAAUGUAUGCCAAACAUUUACCAGGGCCAGGAAAAAAGUGUAUUGAAAAUGACAAUCUUUGAUAUCUCCCAUGAAUGUUCAGGUGGAAUAUCAAGACAACUAUGUCUGUAUGGUAGAGCCAAAAACCAUCUGAAAGCAGCAUUAGAAGACGCCGGUAACGACAUGAUCAAACGUUCGAAAAUUCUUGAACAAUUGGGGACCCUCUGGGCCUUCUUCGAUGAUAGGAAAACGGGAGUUAGGUUCUAUGAAGAGUCACUUAGGUUACGUAAAAGUAUCUACGGAGACAACACGGCACAUCCUGACAUUGCCGCGUUACUACACAACCUUGGACUGUCUUGGAGAGAACUAGGUGAUCACAAGAAAGCUAUGAGCUACUAUCAACAGUCACUAACGAUGAAGAGAACUAUCUAUGGAGACAACACGGCACAUCCGAACAUUGCCUUGUCACUAAACAGCAUUGGAUCGUGUUGGACUGAACUCGGUGGUAACAAGAAAGAUAUAACCUACUACGAACAGUCUCUGUCGAUGACAAAAACUAUCUAUGGAGACAACACGGUACAUCCGUACAUUGCCAUGAUACUAAACAACCUUGGGUGUUGUUGGCAUAUACACGGUGAUCCCAGGAAGGCUACCAGCUACCACCAACAGUCACUAACGAUGAGAAAAACUAUCUAUGGGUCCCAAACGGCACAUCCGGAUAUUGCCCAGUCACUUAACAACCUGGGGGAGUCUUGGGUUGAACUCGGAGAUUAUAAGAAAGGUACCAACUACCAGGAACAGUCACUAUCGAUGAAAAAAACUAUUUAUGGAGACAACACGGCACAUCCGGGCAUUGCCAUUUCAUUAAACGACAUUGGAUCAUCUUGGGUUAAACUGGGUGAUUACAAAAAAGCUGUCAGCUACUUUGAAGAGUCAUUAACGAUGCAGAAAACUAUUUUUGGAAACAACACGGCACAUCCGAACAUUGCCGCCUCACUACUAAACCUUGGAUUGUCUUGGAGUGAACUUGGUGAUAAGAAGAAAACAAUUAGCUACUACGAACAAUCACUAACGAUGCAGAAAACUAUUUAUGGAAACAACACGGCACAUCCGAACAUUGCCGCCUCACUACUAAACCUUGGAUUGUCUUGGAGUAAACUCGGUGAUCAGAAGAAAGCAAUUAGCUACUACGAACAAUCACUAACGAUGCAGAAAACUACCUAUGGAGACAACACGGCACAUCCUCACAUUGCCAAGUCACUAAACAACCUUGGAUCGUCUUGGAAUGAACUCGGUGAUUACAAGAAAGCUAUCUGCUUCUUCGAACAAUCACUAACGAUGCAGAAAAUCAUCUAUGGAGACAACAAGGCACAUCCGCACAUUGCCACGACACUAAACAACCUUGGAUUGCCUUGCAGUGAACUAGGUGAUUACAAGAAAGCUAUCAGCUACUUCGAACAGUCACUGUCGAUGAAGAAAACUAUCUAUGGAGAGAACACGGCACAUCCGGACAUUGCCGCAUCACUGGGCAACCUUGGAUCGUCUUGGGGUAACCUCGGUGAUUACAAGAAAGCUAUCAGCUACUUUGAAAAGACAUUAACUAUGCUGAAAACCAUCUAUGGAGACAACAUGGCACAUCCGGACAUUGCCACGACACUUUACAACCUGCAAUCAACAUGGACCAAAAUUGGUGAUCAUGAGAGAGCGAUGGAGUACAAGCAACAAUCACAAAAUAUGCAGAGGGCUUUUGAUGUCUGAAACGCAUUAUAGAUCUAAAUCAGAUUGUAAGCAAUGGGCUGCGAAUGAGAAGUUUUUUCUUCAAACGUGGAAAAUGAAGUGAAAGCUGACAACUAUAUGCUAAUAUAGAUGUCAAUUAUAUGUUAAUUAUGCAUAACGAUCAGGUACUCAAAUAAACAUUACCAUGGAAAUCAAUGUUUACUCUAUACCCGGCCCCAGAUAUUGUUUGUGCUACUAUUUUGGUUUUACCAAAAGUUUUCCUUUACAGUUUACCUUCGCCUUACACCAAACGUCAAGACUAUUUUAAAGCAAACUUUUGAGAAUGAAUAAUGAUAUUUACACAGUUUCAAGAAUGUUUACGAGUCAAUUUUAUUUUGAUUGGCCGGAUAUUGUUAACGAAACCGUCCAUCAUGUCUGAGUAGAACCCGGAAGUGACGUCACCAGUGGCAUGGCAAGUAGAGGCACGACGGGGUCGAGUUACUUCGUGAGCUUCGUUUAGCCUCUCCAUCUUGCUUGGACAACAAUUCUUUACGAAAGACGGCUCGUAGGAGUCCUUUCAAUCUGAAUAUCUCCAUUUAUGCUUAGAACAUGUUUGCUAUCUGCAUGAUAUGAUAGUAAUUUUCCUCAUCUUGAUUUGCAUGUAAAACCAACCUACUUCUUUAAAACUUGUGUAAGUGUAAUUGCAAGAUCAAGCUGUAAGAUUGACGUUGGCGCAGAAAGGGCUUUGUGCAUAGCCGGGCUUUGUGAUUCCUCUGUUAACCCAGGAUUAAAAACAUCUAUGCACAUAUCGUCAACUAUACCUAGUGUCAGUCUGUCUUCUUUUGAAUGUGUUCUAGGAUCUAACAAUCUUCCACUGGUCUAAUGCUACAGCAAAACCUCACUGACUUAUGGGUCAACUGAAAUGAUGUAACCGUACACUUCACUGACGUUUUGACCACUUUUUAUUCCCAUGUACAUUCACCAAACAACAUAUUAAGAAAUAUUGGCAUUUACAAUAACAAAACGUUAGUCCAGAUUCUGAGUGAACCUUGGUCACGGCGGUUUUGAAAGCAGUGUGUUUGUUUUCUUCUGCAGUACCAUUCUCCUGAAUGCACUUGUAUUAAAUGUAUACAGACUUUUAAAUGAGUGUCACUUGGAAUUUGUUCAUUACACCAUACAUAAAUACAUAAAAAUAAACAUAUGCAUAGCCAUACUGUAUAAUGCUUGCAAAUGACGCAUUUCAAGUUAUAUAAAAAUCUAAGUUUACAUGGCACUUUAGGUCCGUGAUGUGUUCGAAAAUUCGAAACUUAAAGAACUUCAGAUGUCUUAAAACAACACUGACGUUACUUGUACAGGUUGUGAACAGUAACAUACGAUACAAAUUUCUAUA